GUUCCUUGGUUUCGCGACUUUUUCAUUGGUGUGCCCACUUCCGUGCCAUUAUGGACUCCAGCACACGUAUGUCCACUAUUGCUGGGCUGAAGAAGAUCAAGCAUCUCGGAAAGGGGAGCUUCGGUUCCGUAUCGCUGGUGCACGUUGUGAGCCCAGAAAACUUUGAUCUGAAUUUUGAAUGCCGCGCUGCACUCAAAGUUCCCACCUCGUGCAAUCCAGAUGAUCACGAGGACUUCUGCAAGGAGGCAACUAUCAUGCGCGGAUUGAACCAUCCGAACGUUGUGAAGGUCUACCAUGCCUCGCGUGAUCUUCGCAAUACCCCAUACAUACUCAUGGAAUACGCUGAGAAUGGAAGUCUGCUAGACUACUGCAAAAGCACUGGAGUCUUGACUCGCUUGCAUGGCUACUUUGGAAACCCUUUCGGCGGGAAGUCUGAGCUACAGAUGUGCGUGGAUAUUGUACGCGGUAUGGAGUAUCUGGAAAGUAAGAGACUGGUGCAUCGUGACCUUGCCGCAAGGAAUGUUCUCGUCACAAACGACGGUCUUUGCAAGAUUGCAGAUUUCGGCCUGACGCGACGCAUGAUUAAACCAGCUGGAUAUGCUUGUCCUGCAGGUAACGAGUUCGUGUUUUCCACGAUGACAUAUGCGUAUGUCGUGGGAAAUCCAGACGGUGCUAUUCCAGUACUGUGGAGUGCACCCGAGGUGCUGUCAGGAAGCCCCUCAACGACGAAGUCGGACGUCUGGAGCUUUGGUGUAGUGCUUUGGGAGGUAUUGUCAUUAGGUGCUGUCCCAUAUGAUACGGAAUUGGACGUGAUAUGCCGACCAAUAUGCGGUCUCCCGACCCAACAAUCCGUGGUGCAUGCCAUGAAUCAAUACCUACGUGGUGGCAGUAGGCUUCCCCAACCGGAAUGGUGCGAGGCUGAUCUCUAUGCUCUGAUGCAGGAGACUUGGGAUCUGGACCCUGAUGCUCGUCCGACAUUUGCUGAUUUGCAAGUAAAGAUGGAAGGUCUUCAAAGCAUCAGAACGCAGAAAGCUGUUACUGGAUUCGCUGUUUUGGCCGCCGGAGCGCUACGUCUUCUGAAAUAACGUUAGUGCUCAUCAUUCUCACAACCCAUGGUCACAGGCUGGUAUCCAUGGUCACAGGCUGGUAUCCAAGGUAAUAGGAGGGUAUUCAUUUCCUGUACUGUAUAUACAGGAGACAAGCCCUGGCCUUUCAGUGUAUACGUGUGUAUUAUCAUGGUUUGGCCACGGCUGCAGUGUCCUACAUGCAGUUACAUGUAUGUGCUAACACCACAACGUGUGUAUCCGUUAUCACUGCCUUGCCUGAUCUGUAAGCUUGGCUGGCACAGCUAGUCCAUCUAAUCCUAUUUGUAGCCAGCAUGCAGCAUUGCGAUGAAUGCUCUCAUCCUCACCUUCACUGAAGGCCUGUUGCUGAACCAUUGUUGUGUUUUACUCAGACUCAGAGCUAGCUGUGAUGGUUAUCUCCACCGCUACCUAGCUUUGACGCUCAAUGAAUUAUUUCACACACAUCGUGUCAUGUUCUUUUGUUCUCUGUCAGUUUAUCAUUUCAUCUGGGGGCGUUUUGGUGAGCUGCGAGCGUGAUGUUCAAGUAAACAUUCCUCUCUGUUUGUUGCGUGAGAAAGCUUCUCCCAGCUGCUUUCCCCACUCCACACUUUGUUGGGUUCUCGUUUGUGUGCCUUGGCUUUUGUAUUGUGUGGACGAUGAGCUACAUGUAGCUUCCUCAGCCUGGCUCACUCAUUCAAAUUGUAUUUCACACCGUCUACAUGCAUGUGUUUAUAUUUGACGUGCUCACCAACUCUCUAGCUAUCUUCAAUACUUCCAUUGUCCUUUUUCGCCACAUUCUCUUUCACCUUUUCAAUGAUGCAUAUUGUUUCUAUCGCUUGGCACAACAUGAUAAACUUCAGAUAAAGUAACCUUGCAGCGAUUCAACUCGUCUUCCUAAUCGCCGUACCUUUGAAAAUACGAAAUCCGAGUGGACACACAUAUUCCCAUAGCGCUGCACAUCCGAAUUCCAGUUCCAGUUCAGUUCUAUCAC